AUGUUAUGUGAUAUGAGAACAAGAAUUGAAACGCAUAAAAAAGAAUUUAAACCGAAAAUUCUUUCUUUUGAUUCAGAAUAUUUUUUUGAAGAUUCUCAAAAUUCCCCCCUUGAUUCACCUACAGAAUUUUACAUUUUACAUACAUAUUUAAUUUUAAGAUCAAAUUUAGGCGUUAAUAGUAAUGAUUAUCGACAAAACAUAAACAUUUCAUCUAAUGAAGAUAAUGAAGAAAAUACAGAAUAUAAUAUGAUAAAAGAGAAGACCUGCAAAGAGAAAAGCGAAGAAGAUAUGAAUCAUGAGGGUAGUAAAAAUACUGCUAGUUGCAGCAGUAGUCCAAAAUAUAUUAUUUACGAUAUAAAUUUCGAUAUUGAUAAAUCAAACGAUGAGGUACCAAAUAAAAUAGUAGAAGAUAUUAAUAAUUAUCUAAUAGAAAAUGUAGAGGCUUAUGCAAAAGAAGAUACUGAUGAGGAAAGCCAAUUUUUUAUAGAAAAUUUUUCCUUUGAUUUAUUUCAAAAUAUUUUCGAUUUAAAUAAUACCAGUUCUGAAGAAAAAAUUUUGAAAUCUUCAGUAGCGGAAAAUUCCGAAGAAAAUAAAACUUUAGAUGAAUUUGAAGAUAUUCAUCUUGAUUUGCUAGAACCUUAUGACGUUUUAAAAAAUCCUAUUGAAUCACUUAUACAUAUUUAUGGUUUAGAUGAAUGUGAUGAUGAUCAAUCAAGUACAGAUAAUUCAGAGAAAAGAACAGUCCCAGAGGAUAUCAGACAAAGAUCAAAUGAAACUAAAUCUGUUAAAGGAUAUGGUAGUGGAAAAAAAAUUAGUAAAAAAGAUACGAAAACUUCAAGUUAUAAAUCCAAGAAAAAAGAAACAGAUGAUUAUGAUAGUGAAGAUCUUAAAUGUUUUUUAAAAAUAAUUUCCCAUGAUAUUUCUGUACGGGAGUUAGACCAUAUUUCAAGUGAAACAUUUCAAAAUAUACAUGAUAUAUUAAAUUCUAUAAAAAGUAAUUAUAAUAAAAUCAUAAGUGAAAUUAAUGGAAGCAUGCAAUCUUUAGCAAUACUUGCAGAUGAAGAAUUGAAAAAUAUUGAUUUGAAAGCUUUACAAGAAAUGGAAAAUUGUUAUAACCGUCUACCUAAGUAUGUAGAUAAAUCGUUACUAGAUUUAUACUAUCAUAUUAUAUUAUCUAAAAAUAAUACAUACCAUAUAACUCGUAAUAAAGCAGAAAUAGUUACAAGUAUUAAGAAAGCUUUAGUCCUUUGGGAAAAAUUAUUAAAGCAACUUGAUUUCGCACAGGAAAUUACUAGAACCUUAGCAAAUAUUAUAGAUAAUUUUACAUACACUAAAAUUUUUUUUAGUAUUUCAAUAUUUUCAGAAAAUUUAAAUUGUUUUUCAGUUCUUUUUGAAGAAAUGGAAAAUUUAAUAGAGAGUAUUUCUAAAUCAGUUAAUGAUGGAUUUUCAUCACAUAAUAAAACUAAAAUAGAAAUUGCUAAAAAAUCUUUAUAUGAUGUUAACAGAAAAACUCGUGAAAUUUACAAGAAAAGCUCAAGUAGUUGUUUGAAUAUGCUUAGAAUGAUGGAUUUUUCAGGAAAUGAUAAUAAUAUAUUAUUAGAAUUUAUUUUUAAUAAUAUAUAUGAAGAAAAUGAGAAAAGCAAAAAAAUUAUAGAAAGUAUUAUGGAAAAAUAUGAAGAUAAAAACACAAUAAAAAUGGUUCAUAAUUUUUUUUCAAAGGAAAGAGAAAGAAUUUUAAAAUAUAAAAAUUAUUCUUCUACCCUUUUUUGUCCAAGUGUUAGUAGAGAAAGUAUGAAUAAAAAAUCUUUACAUGACAUAAUAAACAACCCUUGUACAUCAAAAAUAUUGCAAUCAUUAUAUCAACAAUUAAGAGAGUUAAUGGGAAUAUCAAUUAUUCGUAAGCAAGCAGAUAGUAUUUUAAUGAUAUUAAAUUCAUUGAAUGAUAUAAAUUUGGAAAUGAGUCAUUAUGUUAGACCAAAAACGGGAACAAUAACAGAAAAUAUAAGUUGGUUAAAUUUAUAUUCAAAAAUACAAAUACAAAAAGAUAAAUUUGAAGAAGUUAAAUUAAAUAUGAAACAUUUAUCUUAUUUUAAAUCUUUAAGAAAAAAUAUAUUAGAUGUCAGUGAAGCAAUAACACAAGGAAAAAGUCAAUUAAAAUUAACCCAUUGUUCUUUUAAUCCGAUUGUACGUGCAAUUCAGGAUGAUGAAUCUAAUGCAAUAGGUCUUAAUGGGAGAAGAAAAAUUCAGAAUUAUCAUAUUUUGUUCUCCCUUUUUUACAUGAAAAAAAUUUUGGAAUUGUGCAAUAUAAGAGAGAUUUCCUAA